UCCGCCCCGCCGCGCGGGGCGGGGCGCGGCCGGGCGCGCAGUGACAGCGCCGGGCGGUGUGCGCGCCCCGGGCAUCCUCCUCGGCGGGCAGCCGGGCCCCCCGCGCCCCCCGGCCCCGCUCCGGGCAGCGCGGCCGCCGCGAUGAAGCCGUGCGAGGAGGAGGAGGAGGAAGGGCGGGCGGCGGCGGGCGGCGGCGGGGACCCCUGGAAGGAGUGCGCCGAGGUGGCGGUGCAGCUGGCGCGCCGCGCCGGGCAGAUUAUUAGGAAAGCUCUAACAGAGGAAAAACAAGUGUCCACAAAGACAUCUGCAGCAGAUCUCGUGACAGAAACUGAUCAUUUUGUGGAAAAUUUAAUUAUUUCUGUUCUGAAAGAGAAAUUUCCCUCCCACAGGUUUAUUGCAGAAGAAUCCACUGCUGCAGGUUCAAAAUGUGUCCUCACCGACAGUCCAACCUGGAUUAUUGACCCUGUUGAUGGAACGUGCAACUUUGUGCACAGAUUUCCAACAGUGGCAGUGAGCAUUGGAUUUGCUGUGAACAAAGAGCUUGAAUUUGGUGUAAUUUACCACUGCACUGAAGAACGAUUAUACACUGGUAGAAGAGGUCAAGGGGCAUUUUGUAAUGACAAAAGGCUUCAGGUAUCAAAAGAGACAGAUAUCUCGAAGGCCUUAAUUUUAACAGAAAUUGGUCCAAAACGUGACCCUGCAACUUUGAAAUUGUUCCUUGGUAACAUUGAGAGAUUGCUCAAGGCCCAAGCACAUGGGGUCCGUGUCAUUGGGAGCUCCACGCUGGCCCUGUGCCACUUGGCGUCCGGCGCUGCAGACGCCUAUUACCAGUUUGGCUUGCACUGCUGGGACCUGGCAGCAGCCACUGUCAUCAUCAGAGAGGCAGGUGGCACUGUGAUAGACACUUCAGGGGGACCUCUGGAUCUUAUGUCCUGCCGAGUGAUUGCUGCAGGCACGAGAGAGAUGGCCAUGUUCAUAGCUCAGGAAAUACAAACUAUUCACUACCGGCGGGACGACGAGAAUUAAAGAAUUAAACACUUGUGCAGAGUUUGCCUCCCGAAGCGCGUAACGUUUGCGAGAUGGGUGUCUUGAAAGGGUAUGUGAUGUCAGCAGGAUGGUUUCUGGGGAGAUUUUCUGUGUCAAAUAUUUUUUAUAAAUUUAUUACCAUGUGGGAAGGCAUAGGGAUAUUUUUAGACCUCUAAGAAUCGUGUUUCCUUUUUAAUAUGUAUCUCUUUCAGCAGUAUCUUUUUUAUAAGAUAGAUUAUUUUACUUGUAGCAAAUUAGUCUCAAAAUUAAGUCGUAAUUUCAUAUCUGUGGGGCUGAUAUUUAGUCUUUUGUAACACGCAGCUAAAAAAUGGAACUUUAUUUUUACAGAUGCAGAUCUCAGGUAAAUGAGCUUUAGGACUGUAGUAAAGGAGGAGUAGUUGAGAUGUGUGCCUAUAAUAAUACCCCUGUUCCACGAUACUUAAGAAUGCAAUACAAAUGGCAUUGUUAUUUCCUAACGACGUCAUAGCUCUGUAUCCAUAUAUGUACAUGUCUGUGUGUCUGUGUGUGUGUAUAUAUGUAUGUAUAUGCACCUACACGUGUCCAUGCAUGUAUACACACACAUCCCCAGGGGUGUAUGUGUAUAUAUAUGGAUACUCUGGAUGUUUACAGCAACAUAGAGAAUGCAUAGAGAGAAGAAAGCUAAUAUUGGAAGCUGUUUUCAGGUAAGGGUUUUUUUAGGUUACUUAGGUGAUUCCAGUCAGCACUGUCCAAAUAACAAAUAGCAGAGCUGACCAUGGAAAAUGUUUAACUGUUUUACAAACUGCCCGGCUAGAUUUGUUUCCCUUCGUCCCUCUGCAUGGCCAUAAAUCAUACUGUCCUGUAGGCCUCUGUAAGAUACUCAAACCUGCAAACAAUUACUACCAUAGAGUACUUAUAGUUAAAACCAGGAAUAUUGAACUCAAGCUGAGUUACUCACAGUAUUAACUAUGACAUGCAGCAGUAGGAGGCCAGCAGAAUAGAGCUCAGUGUCAAAGAGCUGUUGAUUUUAGAGAACCUUCAAGCAGAACAGCAGGAUUUGGCCCCUUACAGGCAAGUUAUUAAAAGUAUGCACAUAAGGUAUGCUUGCAAAAAGUUGUAAAUCACAUGCCCUUCUUGCACAACGUUGUAAUCACAGUUUUUGAUCAGAAGAGCCUGUAAAAUCGGUUACAUAGAUUUCCUAAAUACACAGUUGUUCCCUAUCCAUGUAUCUAGCCCAUAAUUUCUAUUUAGAUUGUGUUUUAAAUCGUGAGCACAGGGAAAACACAAGUGUGUCGAGAAAAGCAGUUGAUAUGAAAUCACUUCUAUUUUUUCAUCAAAAAUUUAAUUAAAAGGUAUCUUUUUUGCAAGAGUGCAAAUUGAAUAAAGGAAUGAGCCAAAAGAGUUGGUUAAAAAUCUAACUUUUUCCGUACACUGCAUGUGUAGACUUUUUAAAUGUGUUCUGAUGUCUGCUUAGAAGAUACAAACUAAACAAUAUUUUUUAAAAAUAACCUUAUGUGUGUUUCUUGCAAUGAAAAAUGUUUUUCGCUGAAUAUAACAUGAAGUUCUGUGUGAUUUCUUGAUAUUUUUUCAUGAGAAAUACAAAAUAUUGACUGUGUGAGGAACUUCUAAUUCCAACUAAGCAUUUAAAAGCUGAGGGUUCUUUGCAGAAAAUCAACACUUUCCAUCACAGUGAUCAACAUUUUGUCACUGCUCCCUUUUACCCCCUCCAUCUCUCUGUACCCCUUUUGGAAAAGAAGAUUGUAAGCCCUCUGGGGCAGGAGCUACAGUAGUUUGGCUCUGGGUUUUCACAGUGCUAAUAGGAUGAGAUUCUGGUCCACAACUAGGCACCGAGGUGCUAUAAUAAUACAAAUAAUAAAUGC